AUGGAAGAGAAGAAACCAUUUAUUACCUUUGAUGAGGAUAUUCAGACCAAAUUGGACAAGAAACUUGGUCCAGAAUAUAUAUCAAAACGUGUUGGCUAUGGUACUAGUAGAGUAGCUUACAUUGAAGGUUGGAGGGCAAUCAACUUGGCAAAUCAAAUAUUUGGCUAUUCAGGCUGGUCUACUGAAGUUAAAACUGUUACUAUUGAUUUUCUCGAUGAACGCCAAGGUAGAUUCAGUAUCGGAUGCACUGCCAUUGUUCGUGUCACUUUAGCAAAUGGAACUUAUCGUGAAGAUAUUGGCUAUGGUAUUGUCGAUAACGAAAAGAAAGCUGCUGCAUUUGAAAGAGCUAAGAAAUCAGCAGUGACGGAUGCUUUAAAAAGAGCUCUCAGGGCAUUUGGUAACGCAUUGGGUAACUGUCUAUAUGAUAAAGAUUUUCUCGCUAGAAUUGAUAAAGUCAAAUUUGAUCCUCCUGAUUUCGAUGAAGGCAAUCUAUUUAGACCUUCUGAUGAGAUUAGUGAGAUAUCCAGGUCAAACACUGUAGAACAAAUGAAUGAUUUAAAUGGACCUCCACUUAAAAAACGACAACUAACAAAAGUAGAACCAGUCUCGAGACCAUCACCGUUACAAAAUAAUUCUGGAAUCAACAAACCAGCAGAUCAGUUUACAAAACCAACAAUAAUGAACUCUACUACUAACCCACACCAGAAACCUCAAACAAAUUCUCCACAAAACAAUAAUUCCAAAUCAAUACCUCAACAGAUACCAGCCAACAGUGUUAGCUCCAAACAGAACAUACCUUCUAAUUUACCUACAAAGACUGAACCAUUAACUAAACAAGAACACGAAGAUCUUUUGGAUGAUUCUUUAAUAUUUAGUGAUGAUUUUCAGGAUGAUGAUUUAAUUAAUAUGGGUGGCAAACCCUCAUCACCACCUCAAAACUCUACUAACCAGAGUUUAGGAAAUUUAGUAAAUUCUGCAUUGAUCCAAGAUGAUCCAGUGGCGUUUGUUACCGCCAAGGCAGCUCCAACUAUACAGAAUGGGAAAACAAGUAAUAUAUCUAAAGAUAUUCUAUUCGAUCCCAAAUUCAAGGCACAAUCUAUUAAGCAUACACUUGAUCAAACGACAUCAACUCCCGUGCCACACAGCAUCCUAAAGGAGAAUGGAAUUGACAAAAAUGUAAGAUCAGAUUCUUAUGAGAGAUAUGCAUCAAAAGGUAAACAAUUAUCAGAUGAUGUUGAUAAUACAUCUUCAGCUCAAAAUAAUCUUAGUACCGAGACGGUAAAAAGUAAUUCACUAUCUAUCCCAAAUAACAAUACCCACCCUUCUCAGUCACCACAGACACCAUCACGCACAACGAUGACCACAGCUCCACAAUACAAUAGUAUCAAUCAAUUCCAAAAGCCUAAUAAUUCUUCUAGAUUUGCACCAUCAGCAGCACCAAUUCAUCCAAACACUCAAUCUAAACCAUUAAAUAAUUUCCCCAUAAAACCUAUGAGGAGAGAAGUUGGGAGGCCUAAAAUAUUACCAUCUAAUUUCCGUAAACCAGAUAAUAAUAAUGGUCCUUAA